CAAACAAAAAACCCUAAAUCGGGAGAUAAACCAUGUAUAUAAAUAUUCCAAAACCCUAAUUUCCGUUUCUUCGUCUUCUCUCAGCAGCCAAAAUGUCGAAACGAGGACGUGGAGGAUCGGCGGGGAACAAGUUCAGGAUGUCACUGGGUCUGCCAGUGGCGGCGACGGUGAAUUGCGCCGACAAUACCGGCGCUAAGAAUCUGUACAUCAUCUCCGUGAAAGGAAUCAAGGGACGAUUAAACCGAUUGCCGUCAGCUUGUGUGGGAGAUAUGGUAAUGGCAACAGUUAAGAAAGGGAAACCGGAUCUCAGGAAGAAAGUUAUGCCUGCUGUUAUUGUUCGACAGCGUAAACCUUGGCGCCGAAAGGACGGUGUCUUCAUGUACUUCGAAGAUAAUGCUGGUGUUAUUGUGAAUCCCAAAGGAGAAAUGAAAGGUUCUGCGAUAACUGGUCCAAUUGGGAAGGAAUGUGCUGAUUUAUGGCCAAGAAUUGCUAGUGCAGCCAAUGCCAUAGUAUAAGAUUAAUCUUCCUUUUGACCUCUUUGUUGGGAGCAGAAUUUGUCACAUUUUUACCUUGGUGUCUUUGAAACUUGUAGGAAGUUUUUUUUAUUUGAAAUUUUGAACAAUUUUUGUUUGUGGAGUUUUAAGUUAUGACAUCAUCUUGGUUCGUGUUUUUUGCAUUAA